UUCAGCUCACGGCGAGCUGUUUACUGUUAUGGGCCAAUCAGAUGAGAGGCCCUGUCCGACCUCGUACUGCGGUCCGUGCGAGUUUUCUGACGCAGCUGACCUGAGACCCGCGGUUUCCACUCGACAGCAGCGGUAGCGUUCAAGACUCGGUCCUCUGAAACUUGGCGAGAAAAAAUGAACACAACCAUCCGCGUAGUCGCAGUGCGGGGAGGAUGCGCGCAGAGCUUCCGACGACCGCAGCUAGAGUUCCCGGUUUCCUCUCCGGCGGUGAGCCCACGAUAUCGUCCACCUACUUGAAGCCCGAAUGGUUUGAUCUCUCGCAGGGCUUUUUUUUUUUUUUUUUCCUGUUACAGGCUGCUGAGUCACGUCUGGAAACGCACAGUAUACCGCUGUUUCGUUUCUGGGUUUUUUUGUUUUUGUUUUGUUUGUUUUUCUUUUUUUUUUUCUGCUCUGUGCAACGAGAAAACCGGACACACCCUCCUUCAUUCACCUUUGACACCGACGCGUUUCGCUAACAAGCCUUCAGGUGAAAUGGAGGACACUGUGAGGCCAGGUCACUUCAUUCAAGGAAGUGUGCGUCCUGUCUGCUCACAGUUUAUUCCUGACGCUGUCUCCAGCUAUCACCCAGUGCUGUGUGUCGCAUGUGUCCCCCAGGUGCGGCGCUGCCAGAUGUCCAGACAGCCUGUCCCUGCAGCCCGACUGCCCUACAGAGUGAAGCUGUCUGCUGGGAAACGCUACGCCUGGUGUGCUUGUGGACACAGCAAGAAACAGCCUUUCUGUGACGGAGCUCACAGGACAGAAGCGCCCAGCAUCUCUCCUCUACGACAAAGACACGACGGUCAUGCUGUGUGCCUGUAAACAAACUAAAAGCGCACCAUACUGUGAUGGCUUGCAAUUUAAGGUCAUCUUCCAGGAUUUAGUGAGGUCGGUGCAAGGCGUCUUUAAAUGAACAGCAUUCAAGACGUCUGCCCUGUGAGGCCAGGGAGCAGUAAAAGUUAACAUGAAGAAACCUUAUCUUUAUCUUGUCUCAACAGAAUCAUGUUAUCCAGUCAGGUACGAGGGUAAAACUUGUGAAAGUAUUUUGCAUAAGACUAGGAAAACAUCCUUCUAUAAUAUCUUUACAUAGUUCUUCUUUACAUAUGAUAUAUGAACAUGACAGCAGUAUGAUAUAGGUGUGCUAUGCGAGUAUUAUGUAACAUUAUGUAAUUAUGAGUUAUGAUCAUUUUUUAUCCAUUCUAGGAAGUAAUUCUAUAGAAUAUGGAGGGAUAUAAUCCUAUUUUUUUCCACUAUGAAUUUAUAACUUGUAUAAUGUAAUUCUAAUGGUUUUAUAUUAUUACUAGUUAUUAUAUUCCUGUAUGCUCAAGUGUUUUGUGCUGUGUGCUAAACGGACGGGACCGGGGCUUCUUUGUGGUGUCUCCUUUUAAUGGUGUAAAAAGGGAGUUUCAUUUCUGUUUUUUUGGGGGGGUAAUCUCUGCUGACACUUCACUUGUGUAAGUGAACAUUCCACUGUAUUGUGCAAUAUAUAUUUUUAUACUCAUCUACUACAGUUUUUUGUGUGUUUAUUAUUGAUGAUAUUCAUGCAGUUUCCAAGACAAGUUUAUUACCUUUUGAGAUUAAAACAAAAUACAUUUACUGCUGUUUGCCUUUGCUGGGAAGAUUUGACUGUGUGUGUGUGUGUGUGUGUGUGUGUGUGUGUGUGUGUGUGUGUGUGUCAAUA